GCAGCGGAUCAUGCAGACGAGUCUCAUCGCUGAAGACGGAUUCAUAGAAAAUAAGCUAUGCGGAAAUCCUGUGAAAAAUGACGUUUAUACUUGUUUUGUUGAUAGUGCCAUUGGCUUUUCUCCUAUUCCUUUUCUUUCUAAAAAAAAUUCUUCUCCGAAAUAAAACCAUCCUAAAAAAUCGGUUGAACGGUAAAACCGUAGUUGGUAUUUUCCAUCCAUACUGCAAUGCCGGUGGUGGUGGAGAGCGCGUCUUAUGGUGCGCAAUUCGAGCCAUUCAGUCCCAAUAUCCUGACAUUCAUGUUGUGGUGUACACUGGAGACAGUGUCCCAGCAGAGGAUUUGCUCUGUAAUGCCUUCCACAAAUUUAACAUUAGGAUCCAAAACAACAAUAUUGAGUUUGUCAAACUUUACAAACGGAGUUGGGUGGAAGCUCAGAGAUAUCCUUGCUUUACCCUACUUGGCCAAAGUCUGGGGUCAUUGAUUCUUGGUACUGAAGCCCUUCUGAAACUUGUCCCAGAUGUAUUUAUUGACACAAUGGGAUAUUCAUUCACAUUUCCUCUAUUCCGAAUACUGGGUGGAUGCACUGUAGCCUGCUAUGUACAUUAUCCAACAAUCAGUACCGAUAUGUUGGGACAAGUCACAAGGCGUGCAGCAGCUUUCAACAACAACUCCUUCAUUUCUCGAAAUCCCAUCCUAAGUCAAGCAAAAAUCAUUUAUUAUAAGUUAUUUGCAUACAUGUAUGGUAUUUCUGGAAGAUAUGCUCAGACCAUUAUGGUGAACUCAAGCUGGACUGAAGAUCAUAUCAAUCAGAUUUGGAAUGUUCCUCUUAAAACACACAAGGUGUACCCUCCCUGUGAUGUUAAAGAAUUCUUAGAAAUACCAGUUGACUCUGAUCCCCAAUGUCUACGAAUCAUAGCUGUGGCUCAGUUUCGACCGGAGAAAGACCAUCCGCUGAUGAUCCGUUCCUUCUACAAGCUAAUGGAUAUUCUAACAGAUGAAGAAAAAUCAAGAGUGAAGUUAGUUCUGGUAGGCUCUUGCAGAAAUGAGGAAGACCUGCGGAGGGUAGAAGAUUACAAGAGGCUAAGUAAACAUUUCAAUAUAGAAAACCAUACAGAAUUCUAUAUCAAUGUACAGUUUAAUGAACUAAAACGCCUUAUGGGAGAAUCAACCAUUGGACUUCAUACAAUGUGGAAUGAACAUUUUGGAAUAAGCAUUGUAGAAUGUAUGGCAUCCGGACUUAUAAUGGUUGCACACAAGUCUGGGGGUCCUAUGAUGGACAUAAUCAUUCAUAGUAAAGGAUCUCAGCCGAUUGGAUUUUUAGGUUCAGAUGAAAUUGAGUAUGCUGACGUCAUGCGUCAGAUCAUCCGAAUGAAGCCCAAACAAAGGGAACUUAUUAGGGAAGCUGCAAGGGAGUCUGUUGCUAGAUUUUCUGAUGAGUCGUUUGAGAGAGAAUUUUUGAGAGUAUUUAUUCCUCUCAUACGAUAAAACAAAGAAACAUAA